UACAAUACUAAUGUAUCCUUCGGGAAUUAUUAGUCGUCUGCAGUAAAUACUGUUUAUGUUCUCGAUAUAUGUACCUGAUGAAUUAGAUUGAAAUUAUUCAUAAAAACAAUGUCAAAUGAACAUAUUAGAAAAGAAAAAGAUGUUCAAUACAGUGUAUUAAACCCAAAAAAAUUUGGUGGUGGCCCUCAUGGAUUAGGUGAUCCUGAUGAUCGUUCACUUAGGAAAGUCGAGCAAGAUAUCUUGGUGGCAAAAAAGGUUAGAGAUAGAGCCAGAGAAGAAAAAUGUAUACCGGAAGUUGCAGCUUUCAACGCAUGUUGUAAAGAUAGCAGUUUUAUGAUGGUAUUCACUUGUCAAAAACAGAAUACCGCAAUGAAGGAAUGCUUAGUGCGUUGGUACCAAGAUCAAGCAUUUUGGGAAGAAUGCAAGGAUCAAUAUUUACAAGAGAGAUCAGAAUUCAGGCGUACCGGAGAACCUAAAAAAAUACGAGACUUCAAAGCAAAACAUCGCCAUAUUUAACUGGAUAGUUAUUAUUACUAUGUACAAAAAAUUUACAAAUGAAAAAUAUUUAUCAAAAGCUUUUACGACGAGUAAUUAUCGUCAUCGCUAUACUCAUUAAAUGUAUUAACAUUUAAUUUCCAUCUUCUCCAAAG